GGUCUUUCUACAACAUAUUUGCCUGUAGAUUAGGGGUGCCUCGUCGAUAUUCAUCCUUUCUAAAUGACAACAUGGCGCCCGCACAAUCAUCUCGGCCCGAGAAGGACAAACGUUUAAAGAUAAUCCUUUCGUUCGCAACAGACCUGGAAGCCCAGCUGCCUGCAGCCACCAGAGCAAGAACAUCAGGGACGCUUCUAACCGAAAUAGGAAAUCAGUUAUCAAAUUUCCCCGCCAAGUUUGGUACGUUCGCUACUUCAAAAUGCGAGGAGGUUGAUCAAAUUGGCACGACACUUUGGAAUCUCUGCACCCGGCUUCGACGCGACGUCGAGUCCGACAAUCCAAGAGAUGUUCCGAUCAUUCUGCUUCUGACUCGCGUGUUCUCCUUUCUCCUGUUGGAUGGAGCAUAUGAGGGUGGAAGGAAUGCUCCUGGAAAUCUAACGAGGCUAAUGAAGAUUGGAAUCAAGGCUGGGAAGAGCUGCAUAGAAAGGAAAGAAGGCGAUCUGGCCCUCAAGGUGCUCGAAAAAGUUAGCGGAUAUGUCAAGCCAGAUCCCGGGGCAGCGCCAGGGGACAGAGAAGCAGUUGAGAGGCUUGUGCCUGAGUAUUAUGUGCUCAGAACAGCUUUGGCCUGGCACCUCGACCAGCUCGAUAUAGCAGAGCAUAUGUUCAAGCUGUCGCUAUCAUCUAUCCAAUCCUUCGAUUCGAAUACAGCAGAGAGCUUGGCUGAUGUCCUGUACGAGAUGGGAAAAGAUCUCCUGCAUAAGCAGCAAUACCAACUAGCCGUAAAGUGGCUAGAAAGGUCGUAUGAAGUAUUGAAUGAUCAAGAAUUGGACAGGCUCAGCAUUGAUGCCAGCGAACUUCGAACAUCAAUCAUGCAGACCUUGAUCAAAGCCCUAUUAUAUUUGAAGGAGCCUGGAGCAGUUGAGAGAGCUCGUAGCCUUGUCAACCUUCUCGAGAGUGUGCUUGGGGACAAAUUGAUUGUCUUAUUACUGAAGCUGGAAAUUCUUUCUGCGCCUUCGACGGAAGCUUUCGAUUGCAGUCAAUACAGCGAUGUGCUACAAAGAAUGACUAGAUCAAUACCCCUAUCGGACGUCAACUUCAAGUUAUUUAUGUUCCACGUACGAAAACUGAACGACAAGAGUCCGAGUUUGGCGUGCAAGGCGCUCGAUGAACUUCUGAACCUGCGGAUACUGAGAGAAGAGCGGGAGGAGUACAUUGAGAAAAUUCUGAUCACUCGAAUUUGGAUCACAGUCAGCCAAAGGGAAAGCCCAGAGACAGUGGGGUUGCUUCAUGAGUUGUUCUCGUUGAUCAUGGAGAAUAUCAAAAAUCCCAUCAGCUCCGUGGCUACACAUGGGGCUCAUACCUUGUUGUGGAAACGUAUCGAAUCGAGUUAUGCUGCAGGACAAUUUGAAAUGGCUGAGAAGUGGUGCCAAUUAGCCACACAUCAGAUAUUCGUGAAUUCGGGGGAGCAUAAUAUGGCUCGUAUCUCGAGGAAGCUUCUCCUUUGUGCUAUGGCAAAGAAGGACGUUGGCAGCGCUAGGGAGAUCUUCUCCUCGAUGUCGGACUCGACUAAGAACGAGCCCAUGAGUCGGUUUCUCAUGUACAAGAUUGCAAUUCGAUGUGGAGAAAGUGAUCUCGCCGCCGAGAGCCUUCAGAUCAUUAGCUCUGCGACUACGAAAGACCCAACACUCUUAUAUGCUUGUUGUUUGGACGCCCAGCAGUCCGGAAACAAGCUUCAAACCAUUGCCGCUCUGCAACUUGUUCUUGAUAAAUAUGGCUAUGCCGCUCCCUCUGCGAUACACCUACCGUCACUGCUCCGCAUAACAAUACAGUUGAUGGUCCAACUACAAAAAGAAUCGCAGAAUACCGCAAUUUUGGAUGACAUGGAAGUGACUGUGGAGAAACUGUGCAAAGCAUUUGAAGGAGCUGUAUCCUCGAUGCGCAAAACAAAUGGCCCGGAUUCUGUCUGGGAUAUUCGUGAGCUUGACUGGUUCUCCAAGAACUCAUAUAACCUUGUUAUCAAGAAUAUCUCGAGUUGGUCCCCACGCCACUCUUUACAAAUGUUAACAUGCUGCAUCGCCUUCAUCGAUCAAUAUCCGAAGGAUAUCAGCGACCAAAUAUCAGACGAUCUUUGCCUGCGCAAGAUGUUCUGCGAAUUCUCGGCGGUGACUGCAUUGCUUGCUCUGGCUCGUGGUGGAGACAAUAUCGAAGUCCAACUGCAAGACUAUCUCAAUCUUCGAAAGCAUGUCGACAGCUUUGACGCUCUACUACAAGAAAAGACGGGUAAACUGGGGGAAGAAGCGGAGGAAGAUCUUCUCCGAAAGCUAUCGAUACUGAUAGCUUUUGACUUCGAGGCUGCUUGUCAUUUGAAGGCAUGGGAUGAUCUUCACGAUAUCAUUCUGAAGGCAGAGUUUACUAAGAGCCAGCGAGUAUACGAAUUAAUGGCGGAUUGUAUCCUGUGCUCCCAAGCUCCAACGCAAGUUUCAGUCUCGGUUCUGAAGAAGAUUGUCAAUGAAGCUUGGGGUCUUGAUACAAUGGAUGUUCCAAAGCUUGCCAAAUACAUGCGCUGCCUCUUCCAAAUUGCCAUGUUGGACAAUAUGGAGGUUGCCGAACAGCUCCUUGAUCAGGCUCAUGAACAGGCGAAGGAGGCUGCGGAGACCGAUCAACCGUACCCGACGGAAGAAAUCGAAUGGAUCGCUACUCGCUCUUUCAACUACGCAGUCGACCUUUACUGCGCUGGUGAUGAAGAUGGCUGCAAAAACUGGACAGCGAAAGCAUUGAAUAUUGCUCAUUAUUGUUCAGAUCAGGGUGGUUUGGAGAGGCAAUUGCAGAGUAAGUUGCUGGUUUUGAAGCUUGAUUCUUGAUGUCCAUGGGAUUAUGAUGAUGAUUAGGGAAUUUUCACGGCUAUUGAGUGCUUGUGCUUGGGAUGGCUUAAUAUUUGCUAGAAGGCAUGUCUUGGAAGAUAUUGGCAUGGUAUAGUUGGCUUAUGACAUGUCAUUGCAGAGGAAGGUACUAUGUCUACCGCACAAUCGGUCGCAUUUGAGCUAUUUCUAUUGAAACCCCACCCCCAAAUUCUCUUAUCCUAGGCACUCCGACCGCUAGUCUGAUAGAAUAUCGGAAAUAGUGUUUGGCCG